AUUUAUUUAUUUCUUGUUAUAUCUCGGGAUUGAACAUUUUCAAAAUAUAGUUUUGAUUCUCUUUCAUUUUUGAUAAAUAAAAAAACAAACUGCACACACAAAAUAAUUAUUUUUAAAAUUUGACAUAUUCGACACUAAGCUAAGACAGGCGUCUCACGCCAUGAUACUGGAACGGUACAAAUCUAGUGCGUGGCGCCCCCGAGGUGCUCUAGAGCGCGGAGCGCGCCAUGUGCAUACUGAGCCGCUUUCCAGUAUUCACAUUGGCGUGAGACGACUGUCUUAGUGUCAAAUAUGUCAAAUUUUAAAAAUAAUUAUCUGUUUGUUUGUGCAGUUUGUUUUUUUAUUUGUCAAAAAUGAAAGAGAAUCAAAACUAUAUAUUUUAAAAUGUUCAAUCUUGAGAUAUAACAAGAAAUAAAUAGAUAAAUAGCCACCCACAGAUGUGACAGCUGAUAGGUGACGCGUACGUACAGCUCGGGGGCUCAACGCCCCGAGUAGCUCCGGGCGUCACACUCCCAUACUGGAAAGCGGCUGGAAUGCUCGUGUGUCGUAUUCGAUAUCGAGACAAUUUUGACAGUAAUCAGCUGGCUUCAAUUCAAAAGUCAAGAAGCUCAAAACUCAAAAGUGGUUUGUUGGAUAUAUUUUUGUGGUAGAUCAUCCAGAAAAGGAUCAGAUUUUUAUCUAUAGUGAGUUUCAAGUGUUGAGACUCUUGGUCGAAUCAUACUAGUUCAGGAAUAUUUUGCUAUUGCACUUAUUUCCUCGUUUGAACAACAUUCACUUCAAUCUCAAAUCUCAUAGAGCAACUUUAUACUUCAGUUAAAAAUGAGCUCUAUCCUGUUCUCGUUACCAGAACUGUUAAAUUCCUACAAAAAAUGGGUAAGCAAAAACCCACAAAUGGCCAGCGAUUAUGAAACCAGCGCCAAAUGGAUUUCGUACUUUAUCACAGGACGAAUAAACAAUUCACAUGUAGUCUCCGAGCUUGUCUAUUGCUUAUCAAACCUAUUAGUAUUAUUUAACGAUGGCAUUAUUAGAAAAAGCCUUCAAAUUACUGUAAAAUCAAAGGUAGAUGAAAUCAAACUUUGGCUGGCAAUAGUGGAAUAUUCUGAAGUAUUUUGCGAACUUUCCGUGCAAAAAAUAUGGGGCAACCGUGGAAGAUGGAUUGUGAUUGUUGCUAUACAAGCUUUCAAGUGUAUAGCAAGGCUAAUGCUUGUCUAUAAGCAUAAAGAGGCAACCAUAGAGAAUCCUCCUUUACCACCACUAGAAAGGGGCAAAUUAGUUAACAAAAAUGGAAAUAAAUUUGUUGAUUUAGGCCAGACUGAAUUCAAGUCAGUUUCUUUUACAUUGAAAAGAUCAGGACGAGUUAUUAGGAAAGUGGAAUCUUCACCACCAUUAGGUUCAAGAACGUGGAAGCCUCUAGAAAUUAAUGGAGAUGUCACAGAAAAUAAAGAAACUAGUCAAGGUAGUUUAGCUAAAAGGCAACUCGUAGCUGAAACAAUUUAUAUAACAAAACCUCUAGUGCAUUUAUUGUCUAUGGGUGUAUUUGGAACGAAAGCUUGGAAGCCUUGGAUGAUUUCAUUAGCUAUGGAUUUAGCCAGUCUUCAACUAUACAAAUCAACACAGAAAAACAAACAUGCCUUAGAUUCCUUGACGAAGAAGCAAAAAUUACAGUUGUCCAAAAGGACAAUGCUUCUUUUAUUAUAUCUAAUUCGGUCUCCGGUUUAUGAAAACUAUAGUGAAAAUAAAAUAAAUGCAUUUUUAGCUGCACUCAGUAACAAUAUUCCGCUUGUUAGAAUAAUUUGCAACCCUUUGAUGCAAUAUUUACCGUUUUGGCAAAGCAAUUACUUUUAUAUGUGGUCUUCUUAGUAAUGUGUAUAAAGUUAAUUUAGGUGUGGAAAAAUGUAAACUGCACUGGGUGGCACUGGGUAUUUAGUUGAUUUAAAGUUAAACUGGGUAUAUUUAAUAUAAUAUAAUAAUUUAACCGACAUUUUAGUGAUAUUAGGUGCAUGAUGAAAUAUAUUUUUUUAUAUUUUCUUUGUAUUGAGGACAUAAAAUAUGUUAAUAAAUUUAAUAUUAUUAAGUAUUCCAAUUAAUUAUUUUUGAGUGGGUAAAAAGACUAUGGAGUCUUGUAGAGGAGGUGAUUUAAAUGAAACACAUUUUAAUAAAUAAUCUUUAUUUUGCUCUAAACUUCUAUGUUAGUAAGGUACGGCAAUUUCCUAUAAAUAAAAUCCAUGAAAUCUACAGUGCUGACUUGCCCGAAUGAACGUUCCGAAUCUCUUUCUGGAGUAAAAGCGCCUGAUCCCAUAAGUGUCUGAAAAAUUUAGGAUUAUGAAGCACAUCAUUUUGAAUUCGUUGGUUUGAAUAUUUGCUGGGAAAAUCAAGAAUCUUACCUACCAUUUGAUUAAACGAUAAACGGCCAUUUAUCAUCUCCAUGACUGUUUCCUCGACAAGUUCCUGCAUGCUGUGGUCAUCCUCAAUGUUCGAAGGUGACUGAAUAGUAUUACUUUGGACCGACCAAAGAUUUGGGUAAGUCUGAUUGAAUAGUAUAAAUUCGGGAGUUACCUAUAAACAUAUUAAAUGUGAAUUUUAGAUUUGUAAAAACAAAAACAACUUGGAUAUUAUCAGUUGUUAACUAAGUGAAGGAUUUAUAUAUGUAUACAGGGUGUCCUUAGUUAAACUGACUGACUGAUAUUUUGAAAACGGGAAAAGAUAACGCAAUGUGAAAAAAUUCCUAUUCUCUAAGAACAAACCGCAUCUUGUUAUCUUUUCUCAUUUCAGGGAUAUUUAGCUGCAAUUAUCUAAAGUAUUAUAAUUUCUAAAUUACCAAAGUCUGAUUAUAGGAGAAUGCAUGCAGUACAGCGGCUCUAAUUUUAUACAUUGGACUUGCUAAAUUUCGAGAGUGUUUUUGCUUUUUUUAACAAAAUCAGUUAUUUCAAUAUUGAGAAUGUUGAAGCCAAAUCUUACCUCAUACUGUUGUAAUAACCUUAAUAGUUUAGUAAUAAUUCCAACUGUGGUACUAAACACUUGUUUCGGCGUGUUUUCGUUUUCCAAAAUUUGCUGGAAAAUACUAAAACAACCUCUCUUUGACAUGUAAUCCAACGUUUGACACAGUCUUUUACGGAUUUCCUUAUCAUCCAAUCUAAUAAUUUUUUUCAGCUCUUUCGAAAAAAUAACACUUGGGAAAACAUCAUCAAACAUGCCUAAAGAAAAAUGCUCUGCUGUUAUCAGAAAACAUCAAUUUGCAAUUUACCUUGUUUCUCCAAACACUUCCUUAUAACGUUGUCCCAAAAUUUGACCGCUUGCUCUUGCACAUCUGGAUUUUUCUCUCUCAGUGCCACUUUUGUUAUCACUUGAUAAAUUUUGAAAUUAUCCGUUUCACUAUUGAAUUCGCAUUGGUAAAUCUGUCGUAUAAGUGUCAGGGCUUCUCUCAGAACCAUCGGUUCUUGUUCUUUGGAUACCAAUUGAAGAAUUUUGUCCUAAAAUAGAUCAAUUUUUGUAUGUAUGUUUAAGAAAUGUGAUAUUUACUCACAAUGAAAUCUGAAUUGAGUAAAGUACCACCUAGUUCCUCCAUCACUAUCAUUUCUUGAAGGCAUUUGAGAGCUGUCGCACGUACCCAUGGAUCAUAAUCGGUCAAUGCCAUAUUCAAUAUUAAAUGUUGAUUUAAUGAUUCAAGUAAGAUUACUUUGAAUGAAGUAAAACCUGGAAAAAAAAAUCGAUGCAUGAUUUGUUUGUUUUUGUAUCAAAAAUACCUCUGUGGAAAUUUUAUCAGCAAUGACAUGAAGCCUAGAAACACCUCAGUGGGGGCCGAUAAUCUGAAUGAAAUCAGCUUCACAGAAAUUUCUCAAAAAAAUUGAAGCAAACAAAACUAUAGUCAAGAUGUUAAGUGAAUUAACCCUACAAGUGUGAAGGGAGAUUCUCCAGAAAUUAGUCUGAAGUGUGGUCUGGUAAAGACCAAAAUCAGUCUAUGAUGAAUCAAGAUUAAAGAUCCAGCUUGACUAAAAUGGAUCAAAUUGAGCUGCAAUACCUAAAUGUGCUCAAUGUUGGUAAUAUACUCAAUAGUUACCUUUAUUCACCUUUUGGCAUAUUGUACAAGUAACAGUCAAUGCAGCAUCUCGCACCUUAGGAUCAUUGCUGAAGCAUUUAUUAAAAAGCAUACUCCCCAAAUCAAGUAUAGUUGAAUUUGGAACAUUGUCAACUAACAAGGCCAUACUCGGUGUCAUGUUCUUUGUUAUUGUAAUGUUCAAAGCUUUGAGGGCUUUUAAAACUACCUAAAAACAAAUUGUUUUUUAGUUUUAGUCGGUUAAAAGCAAACUAUUACCUCUGGUGUCCAUCUGGUUGAAUAAUAUAAAAAAUUAUGAACCAAAUUGGUCAGUUCGAUGCUUCCUAUAGUUUCUCUCCAAGACAAAUCGAAAUUUUCCAAAUAUACAAGAAUUGCAUCCAAUAGAGCUUCAGCUAAAGAUUGAUCACCUUCCAAUUGUCCUAAUUCUGGAUUUCUUUUAACAUAUUUAAUAAAAUCUCGAAGAGAAUAGGUCAAAGAUUGAAACACUAAAGCCAAAUUUUGUCGACUAUACAGCGGCUUAGAUUUGAUGAGGCAUUUCAGUGCAGUAAUUUCGCAUUUUAGUGGUACUUUGUUUAGUAAUUUGCGUAUUUCGUAGCCUGAAAUCGUCAUUGUAUAACUAAAAUCUCCGAGUUUAACUUGGUAAUACUUUCAAGUGAUGUUAUAUCUUACCUAAUUGCAGGCAAUCUGCGCUAUAAAUAUUCAACAAAUCUGAUAAAUAGCAUUUUCUUAGUUCUUCUUCGCUAGUUUGAGGCACUCCAAGUAUUUUUUCGCCGAUUAUUACCAAAGGUUCGACUUGGAACGACAUAAGCUCGUCUUCGAUAUCGACAGGUUUGCCUUUCAGGAAAUACUGAGGCAUUUUGCUCGAUACGUUUUUCCAGUAUUUUUGGGCGUAGUAAUACAGCUCGAAAAUCGCCUCCAAAU